GCUGGUCCCAGUGCGCAGACUCGUGUUUCUCCGGAAGAAUGGCGGCAGCGGGCUCGUCGUCGUUCGUGUUUUGUUGGGUUUUUGUCCACGGAGCAGCAGCGGGAGAGUUAAUAAAGCUGGAAGAUAGAAAGAGCAGCAGUUGGUGAACUGUGGAAAGAAGAGAAACGGCUUGAAGCUCAGCUGGAACUGCUCAGGAAGUGUUAAAGGAAAGUUUGGAGAGAGAAAAGCUAGCAGAGAUGUGGAGACAGCAGGUCAAGCAGCGACUGGAUGCAGCAGAGGAGCAGAGACACCACAUCCUGGAUGCUGCUUUCAGCCCCCAACAUCUGCUGCACACAUCAGAGCUGCCUGGAGAUGUUCAAGAGACGGUGGUGGUUAAAGAAGAGGUUCCUGAAGAAGAGAGCGCUGAUGUGGACCUGCAGGACUCUGGGCCUGUCAUUAUAAAGGAGGAAGAUGAGGAACUCUGGAGCAGUGUGGAGGAAGAGCAGCUCAGUGUAAAGGAGGAGACUGAUGUCACCAGGUUUUCAGUUAUUACUGUUCAAAUAAAGCAUGAGGAUGAUGAAGAGAAACCGCCGUUUUCACGGCUUCAUCAAACAGAUAAUAGUGAUCUUGCCACCAGCAGCUGUACUGACCAGAUAAAAGCAGAUCCCCAUGAAGAGGAAUGUGGGGGACCAGAAUGCAGCACGGAGCAAGAUCUGAACACUCAUGGAGAAACUUCCAACUCCUCAGAGACUGAAGAGACCAAGAAUGAUGAUGUGGACCAUCCUGACUCUGACCUGAAGCCCUCGUCUGACUCUGGAUCUGAAACUGAAGACAGUGACGACGAGCAGAAGGAGAGCUGGGCUCCUGAAUCAGGUGGAAACACCGUCAACAGAUCUCUGAGUUGCUCUGAGUGUGGCCAACGGUUUGUCAACAAGCUCUCUCUGCAGAGCCACAUGACAGCUCACUCAACAGUAAGGUCUUCCAGCUCAGCGAGUACGGUCCAAGCAGAUCUAAAACUUUAUAGUUGUCCUGACUGCGGUAAAAGUUUUAACAGGAAGGAUUAUCUAAACAAACACAUGAAAUGCCACACAGGAGAGAAACCCUAUAUUUGUGAUCUUUGUGAACAAAGAUUUAGGGUUAAAUCAAAGCUAAAUAGACAUAUGAAGAUCCACACAGGAGAAAAACCAUUUAGUUGUGAGGUUUGUGAACAAAAAUUUGGAGUUAAAUCAAGUUUAAACAGACACAUGAGAAUCCAUACAGGAGACAAACCAUUUAGUUGUGAUUUUUGUGGACGAACAUUUCGCAACAAGUCAACUUUAAACAAUCAUAUCAGAAUUCAUGCAGGAGCCGGAGCCUUUAGUUGUGAUGUUUGCAAUCAAAGAUUCAGGUUAAAGGCAACUUUAAAAAGCCACAUGAGAGUCCACACAGGAGACAAACCAUUUAGUUGUGAUGUUUGUGGGCAAAGGUUCAUCGAAAGGUCAGCAUUAAACCGUCACAUGACGAUCCACACUGGGGAUAAACCCUUUGGUUGUGAUGUUUGUGGGAAAAGAUUUAGUGAAAACUCACAUUUAAUCUGCCAUAUGAGAAUCCACACGGGAGAUAAACCAUUUAGUUGUGACGUCUGUGGGCAAAGAUUUAGAUUUAAAUCAAAUCUAAACAGACACGUGAAAAGUCACACAGGAGAGAGACCAUUUGGUUGUGCCGUUUGUGGUCGAAGAUUUAUUGAAAAAUCUGCCUUAAACAGUCACACGAGAAGUCACACAGGAGAAAAACCAUUUAGCUGUAAAGUCUGCGGACGAAGAUUCGUCAAAAAGUCCGCUUUAAACUGUCACAUGACAAUCCACACAGGCGAUGAACCAUUUCAUUGUGAUGUUUGUGGAAGAAGAUUCAGUGAAAAGUCUAAUUUAAACUGCCAUAUGAGAAUCCACACAGGAGACAAACCGUUUAAUUGUGAUAUCUGUGGACAAAGAUUUAGAUUUAAAUCAAAUUUAAACAGACAUGCGAAGAAUCAUAAUUUUUAAUUUUGAAAAAGCAGGAGCAUUCACACUUCAAAAAAACAGCAAAAGUUGUUCUUUGUGAUCCGUAAUUUUUUAAACUUGUCCUAAAGUCUCUGUUUGUGUGACACACUAAUGUGUAAUCACAUUAAAUGUUUUGUUGGUUUGAGAGAGGAAAAUUCAGGAAAAGUCACGUUGAGAAUGACUAUUUAAGUUGUAUUUACACCCCCAUGCCACAAGGGGCGCAUUGCUACGUGAGACAGUCUAGUGAGGUGAAAUGCCGUUCUUCUCCAGUAUGGCAGAAGCGAGGCAUUGAGAAACAUCAACAUUCGUCUGUCUCAUCAUUUCCUUGUGUUUUACAGGUUAGUAUUAAAGGCAUACUAUGCAACAUUUUUCAGUUAAUUAAUGUGUUCCAUACCGUUUUGGAU